AAGGAUAACCGGCAGGCUUAAAUAAGGUGACUGUCUUGAGUUUUCCCUAGUGUCCGUCCCCCGCCAUUCAGAGCAGGACUUAAAGUGUCUCCUCAUCUACUCGUUCCGGAGGUAUCGGUAGUUAAAACUUAACCCCAGUGAAUUUGCGAAUGUAAGGGAAAUCCUGGACAGCAUACUUUAGUCAGAAAAGACGAUGAUCUCGUAAUCAGCUCGCUAGUCUUGGAGAGAAGUCAUUUUCGAGUCUUACGAAGAAAAGCAUCAUGACGGUCGCCUACACUAGUCACGUCGCUUCGAUUGGGGGAUUUAAAUAUCUGCUGUUUCGGUGGCGCGGCAGCGUUUACAAGUUGGUGUGGAAGGACCUGCUGGCGUUUCUCUUGGCUUUCUACCUUAUAAACAUUACUGAGAUUAUUGCCCUGCGGAGCAUGAGUGGCAAGGGCGAAAAUAUUCCUGGGCUUUUGGCAGCUGCGAAGGAUGUGAAUAUGAAGAAAAUUGAAAUUCGAAUGCAUUUGUUUACGUCCACUUUGAGCCUAUUUCCAUUAUUUCAGAGUGGCUAUAUCACUGUGAUUCCUGCUGGGCUUCUUGUCAGUGAUUGGUACUUUAUGAGGGUCUCGCGAUACUGCAGCAGCCACAGUUCCCUCAUCCCUCUGUCGUUCGUUCUGGGUUUCUACGUGAACUUCGUCUGCGGCCGAUGGUACAUGCAAUACCGCCUGCUGGCUAUCCCCGACAACCUGGCCAUCACGACGUCGGCACUGAUCCCCGGCUCGGACGAGCGGUCGCGCAUGCUACGCCGCACCAUCAUGCGCUACAUCAACCUGGCCUUCAUCAUCACUAUGCGCCUGUGCUCCGUGACCGUCAAGAAGCGCUUCCCGACGAGCGAGCACCUGGUGGAGGCGGGCUGCUUACUUCCACACGAGAAGGAUCUGCUCGACGAACUGGACGACAAGUCCCCCUACUGCAAGCACUGGCUGCCGCUGCUCUGGGCGAAAACAUUAGUACUGAGAGCUUACGAGGAGGGUCUGGCCACCAGCGAAAGCAGCAUCAAAUUCUUCCUGGAGGAACUGACGGUUUACAGAACCAAGAAUGGACGGUUGUUGGGCUACGAUUCUAUCCCAAUCCCACUUGUGUACACUCAGGUUGUGACCCUGGCAGUGUACAGCUUCUCCCUGGUCACUGUCAUCGGCAGCCAGACGCCCGGGCUGGAGCCGAACGACGUGGACACCUACGUGCCCGUGUUCGCCAUCCUGCAGUUCGUGUUCUACAUGGGCUGGCUUCGCGUGGCCGAGACGCUCGUCAACCCCUUCGGCGAAGACGACGACGAUUUCGAGGUCAACAGCCGCAUCGACCGCAACAUGCAGGUCUCGUGGAUUUUGGUGGACGAAGUGCAUAACUUGGUGCCGGAAACUACUCGAGACGUGUACUGGGAGGAGAAGAUACCCGUCAGGCUGCCCUACAACAUCGCCUGCGUCAAGCAAACGGCCCACGUGCCCGAGCGAGGCUCCACAGCGGACAUUCUGGUGAGCGAGGAGGAGUCUCACCUCGACCCCUUGCUCGAUAACACUGUCGAGUCCCGUCAGGGUACGCCUCGUGUGUCCAGUGUCCGUCGACUGAUCCGUCGCCUGAGUCGCCAGAGCAACCAGACGCCACAGCAGUCGCCGGCUCUCCCGUCUCGCCGCUUAUCAGUGCUCGCGAAGACGGCGCUCCACUCAGAGGACGGCAAGAAGGCUAGGCUCUCUGCUCUCUUCGAGGACAAGGUCUCGAAACACCACAAUGAUUCCCACUCUACCAAGGUCGUCCUCGACAAUCCGCUACCUCUUGAAACUCACCUUGCGUCCGGGAAUCGCCUUCUUCCUCGCCACAGCAGCUUUCGUCAUAAUCUCCACAUGAGCCAUCACUGCCAAAGGGCAAACCUCCGCUCAGAGCCGCGACACAGCAGCCUUAAUCUGCGGACUCGUUACGGGCUGCCUCGCUCCGGAUUCCUUCGCUCCAGUCAAGAUGAACCUGUGCCUUGCCCCACAGCCACUGAAGGAGGGAAUCUCGCUUCCAAGACUUCCUUAAGUUUAGCAAUUCAAGCUUCCCCAGAAGAGGACAACAAAGACGAUCCUAAACCUGUGGACGUUUCACCGACGUCUGCCAGUAACAUCCUUCCUGCAUCAGAAGCUCCGGCUGUGGAACACGCUAGAGUCUCUGAAGCUCCCAGUGACUGCAGCUCAUCCAUGAGCAGAAAUACAAAGCCGCGAAAAUGCACGUGUGGGUUUACAAACCGUAAGGAUGUCGUGUCUCCCCUGGUACGGCGGCGCGGAGGUUGGGAGGACUUGCGGGCUGUGGAAGGGGGAGACUAAAGGCUGGGAAAGACUAAAGAACACUGGGAGAAGGGGGUAGCAGACGCUGAAUGGGGGAGACGGAAGGACGCUGGAAGGAGAUGACGCACGAGGGGAAGCCGAGCACCAGGAGCUAAAUUUGAUUAAUAAAACUGGCGCAGCGAUGACUGGAAGAUGUGACAUGGCAAAUAGCGGAAGAAGAAAAGGAGGUGAUGGUAUUUAUCAUGAUAUAAUAUUGUACAAUUGGCACAUGCCUCUUUAUUAAUUAAAAGAGUAUUAGACUUUUUCAGCAAUUUAGAUACACUUUGGGAAUAUAACGAAAUA